GCGGGGGCGGAGGGGCGGGCUCGGAGGCAGCGGCGGCCCCUACUCGGGCCUGCGGCUCCCUGCGUCCCCGCGGAGCGGCCGGCAGUAAAGAAUGCUGAUGGAAGAACCAUUUUCCUAAUUUUCAAAUUGUUGAGCUGGUUGCCAUGAUGGAUGAUCAGCAAGCUUUGAACUCAAUCAUGCAAGAUUUGGCUGUUCUUCAUAAAGCCAGUCGACCAGCAUUAUCUUUACAGGAAACCAGAAAAACAAAAUCUUCAUCACCAAAAAAGCAGAAUGAUGUUCGAGUCAAAUUUGAACACAGAGGGGAAAAAAGAAUCCUUCAGUUCCCCAGACCAGUUAAACUGGAAGAUCUGAGAUCUAAGGCUAAAACUGCCUUUGGACAGUCUAUGGAUCUCCAUUAUACCAAUAAUGAGUUGGUGAUUCCAUUAACUACCCAAGAUGACUUGGACAAAGCUGUGGAGCUGCUGGAUCGUAGUAUUCAUAUGAAGAGCCUCAAGAUAUUACUUGUAAUAAAUGGAAGUACACAGGCUACUAAUUUAGAACCAUUGGCAUCACUAGAAGACUUGGAUGACACAGUAUUUGGAGCAGAGAGGAAAAAACGGCUUUCUGUAAUAGGUCCCACUAGUAGAGAUAGAAGCUCCCCUCCCCCAGGAUACAUUCCAGAUGAAUUACACCAGGUUGCCCGGAAUGGGUCAUUCACCAGUAUCAACAGUGAAGGAGAGUUCAUUCCAGAGAGCAUGGACCAAAUGCUGGACCCAUUGUCGUUAAGCAGCCCUGAAAAUUCUGGCUCGGGAAGUUGUCCAUCACUUGAUAGUCCUUUGGAUGGAGAGAGCUAUCCAAAAUCACGAAUGCCUAGGGCACAGAGCUACCCAGAUAAUCAUCAGGAAUUUUCAGACUAUGACAACCCUAUCUUUGAGAAAUUUGGAAAAGGAGGCACAUACCCAAGAAGGUAUCAUGUUUCAUAUCACCAUCAAGACUAUAAUGAUGGUCGUAAGACUUUUCCAAGAGCUAGAAGAACCCAGGGGACCAGCUUCCGGUCUCCUGUUAGUUUCAGUCCUACUGAUCACUCUUUAAGCACUAGUAGUGGAAGCAGUAUCUUUACCCCAGAAUAUGAUGAUAGUCGAGUAAGAAGAAGGGGAAGUGACAUAGACAAUCCUACUUUGACUGUAAUGGACAUCAGCCCACCCAGCCGCUCACCUCGUGCUCCAACCAACUGGAGAUUGGGCAAACUUCUUGGCCAGGGAGCAUUUGGCAGGGUCUACCUCUGUUAUGAUGUCGAUACAGGAAGAGAAUUGGCUGUUAAGCAAGUUCAGUUUGACCCUGAUAGCCCUGAGACCAGCAAGGAAGUAAAUGCACUUGAGUGUGAAAUUCAGUUGUUGAAAAACUUGCUGCAUGAGCGAAUUGUUCAGUAUUAUGGCUGUUUGAGGGAUCCACAGGAAAAAACACUUUCCAUAUUUAUGGAAUAUAUGCCAGGGGGUUCAAUUAAGGACCAAUUAAAAGCAUAUGGAGCUCUUACUGAGAAUGUGACUAGGAAAUAUACCCGUCAGAUUCUGGAAGGCGUACAUUAUUUGCACAGUAAUAUGAUUGUUCAUAGAGAUAUCAAAGGUGCAAAUAUUCUGCGAGAUUCAACAGGCAACGUCAAACUGGGAGAUUUUGGGGCCAGCAAACGCCUUCAAACCAUCUGUCUUUCAGGGACAGGGAUGAAGUCUGUCACAGGCACACCUUAUUGGAUGAGCCCUGAAGUCAUUAGCGGAGAAGGCUAUGGCAGAAAGGCAGACAUCUGGAGUGUGGGCUGUACUGUGGUGGAAAUGCUAACUGAAAAGCCUCCUUGGGCAGAAUUUGAAGCUAUGGCUGCCAUCUUUAAAAUCGCCACUCAGCCAACAAACCCAAAACUGCCACCUCAUGUCUCAGACUAUACUCGAGAUUUCCUCAAGCGGAUCUUUAUAGAGGCCAAACUGAGACCUUCAGCUGAUGAACUGUUAAGGCACAUGUUUGUGCAUUAUCACUAGCAGCCAGUGACCUCUACUGUGCCUCUACCCAGCUCCCAUCAAUUCAUUCACCUUCUCUCUGACUGCACUUUUCUUUUUUAUAAAAAAGAGAGAUGGGGAGAAAAAAAGACAA